AGCAGGUCUCAGGUUCUCAGUCUCUCGCUGAAGGUCUGACUCUGGACAGUCAUGGAGAAGCUGGACAGCUAGAGACACACGACUAACCCGAGCAGCUGACCAGCAUCGGUGUAUCUGAGAGCGUCAGGAUGGGCUGCGCGAUCUCUGGAUCCGGAUUGACUCCGAGAACAGCAGAGAGCAGAAACACUGAGGACGAAGCUCCAGCGAGACUCACUCCGGAUCACAUCCAGCUCAUCAAAGAGUCCUGGAAAGUCAUCCAGGAGGACAUCGCCAAAGUGGGAAUAAUCAUGUUUGUCCGGUUGUUUGAGACGCAUCCCGAGUGUAAAGAUGUCUUCUUCCUCUUUCGGGACGUGGAGGAUCUGGAGAGGUUACGCACCAGCAGGGAGCUUCGCGCCCACGGCCUGCGCGUGAUGUCGUUCAUCGAGAAGAGCGUCGCCAGACUCGAUCAGCUCGAGCGCUUAGAGGCUCUGGCGCGGGAACUCGGCAAGAGCCACUUCCGCUACAACGCGCCGCCCAAGUACUAUGGGUAUGUGGGAGCCGAGUUCAUCUGCGCUGUUCGGCCGGUUUUGAAGGACAGAUGGACGUCUGAGCUGGAGCAGGCCUGGAAGACGCUGUUCCAGUACGUGACGGGCAUCAUGAAGGACGGUUAUCUGGAAGAAGAGCAGAGCAAACGCAACCACACGCUGACGUCCAGCAAAGAGCGACCGGACAAGAGAAACACGGCCAUUUAAUUUCACAGACCUGACG